AAUAAGAAACAACAAAAAUCAAGGAACCAGAACUGACUUAUUAUAUAUAUAUAUAUAUAAAUUGAUACCCAAACCUUUUUUGUUUUCCAUGUCCUAUUUUGAUAAUGCACGCAGCUUGUUACUGGAUGCUGCGACUUUCUUUGGAGCCGAGCAUUUAUUGCAUCGCCAUGAAGAUUCCAAUGACGAACCUCGACGAAUCUGGCGCGAUGCCGGUUUAGCAGGAGCAGCCGCUUAUGCCAUUCAUAAAUGGCAAGAACACGAAGCUGCGAAACAACAAGCACAAGCCAACGCUCCUGUCAUGGCCAUGUCAUAUCCCCAGCAACCACAACAGCAACCACCACAACAACUGCCGCAGCAACAGCAGAUGAUUCCUUAUUACCCUCCACAACAGUAUCAUCCUCAAAUUGUUGAUCCCAGCUCAUCUCGACCUGUCAACGAUAUGUGGACAAUGUAUCCACCGAUGAAUGGAAUGCCCUACGGUGGCAUGCCCAUGAUGCCCAGCGGAUACCCUUCGAUGAUGAUGAUGCCAUCAUUUGCUUCGUUCCCUCCUCCUCCUCCUCCACCACCAGCACCAAUGCCAAUGCAUGUACCUUAUCCCAUGUCCCCCUUGUGGUCAAUGUCGGGACCUCAACAUCCGAUGAUGUAUGGCAAUUUUGCAGCACAGCCACCAUUGGUGCAGUGGAAUCCAUAUAUGAUGCAUCAUUCCUACCCGUAUAUGAUGUAAUAUACCUUUUCCCGCAUAUUUCCCCCUGUUUUUUUGCGCCCUUUUUUUUUUUUUUUUGCUUAGC